AUUCACACGGAUGAAAUGCCCGGUUCUACCCCGGACCGUUUAUUAACGAUUCUUGAAGUCGAGACACCAGCUAGUUUUGUUUUGUGGGUUGUGAGCUUUGUGAUGGCUCUGCUGGGUUUGGGUUAUGGUUUUCCUCAGUCACCGGGUUAUUUGCUUCCUCUUCAUCGGAAGCCGAAACCCACAUUGAAAUUCGCCGCCUUUCGAUGCUCUGCGGCAGAACCCAGCAACCAAAUAACCUUCAGGACCUGCAAGAAUUGCAAAACCCAGUUCGACCCCUCCCUCAAUAACCCCCGGGCUUGCCGCUUUCACACCGCUCAUUUCGGAGGCGAAACGAAGAGGAAGUUUGAGAGUGUACACACUGGGGGGACCAUGAAUACUCCUGACUCUGGCAAAGUUGUUCAAUACUGGCAUUGCUGUGGGUCUGAAGAUCCCUUUGACCCUGGAUGCACUGCUGCUCCUCACUCGUCCUACGAUGACUGAUGUUUUUCUGUCCUCUGCAACAUCACAUGAUCAACGUCACCUGGAUAUUCGAUUGUUUGCUAGUAUGAAUUCUCUUCAUCAUUUUUAUACUGAAAAAAUGGUGUAUUUCAUAUUCUUUUUUCUUCUUUAUAUUCAACCAUAUCAGAUUGAAGAUUCGAAUUGUUUCUAGGCCAAAACUCUAAUCGUUCUUCAAUAUUGUGAUCAAUUGUGUACAAAGUAAUGAAAUGUUGGAAUUGUUUAUAAAUGGCAAUGAAGUGAUAGCAUACACUGA